AUGUCCACAACACACCAGCUUGGUUUGACACCUGCUGCUGCUCGCCUCACCAUCCAAAGCCAUCCGUUCCUUAUAUUUCCCACCAAGAUGCACUCGUUCCAACUCUCCUCUGCCCGUCCAUCUGCACAUUGCCUGAUGGGCCACUCCGCUCAGCCCAGCUCUGUUGCCCUCCAGCUGCCAAUGCAUGCGCCCCUCCCCUCCUCUCGCCCCUCAACUUGCACCUCCAGGCGGGCCGGUCUGAAUGGCUUCACUGGCUCUAUCCCCUCCACCAUCUCUGCCCUCACCGCCCUCAACAUCUUGUACGCCUCCCCUUCCCAUCCUCUCUCCUCUUCCUUCCUCUCUCCCUUUCCCAUCUCCUCUCCUCUUCCUUCCUCUCUCCCCUUCCCAUCCUCUCUCUCCUUCCCAUCCUCUCUCCCCUUCCCAUCCUCUCUCUCUCCUUCCCAUCCUCUCUCCCCUUCCCAUCCUCUCUCUCUCCUUCCCAUCCUCUCUCCCCUUCCCAUCCUCUCUCUAAUUCCUAUCCUCCUUCCCUUUCCCAUCCUCUCUCCAAUUCCUAUCCUCUCUCCCUUUCCCAUCCUCUCCCCCCUUCCCAUCCCCUCUCCCCUUCCCAUCCUCUCUCCAAUUCCUAUCCUCUCUCCCCUUCCCAUCCUCUCUCCCCUUCCCAUCCUCUCUCCCCUUCCCAUCCUCUCCCCCCUUCCUCUCUCCCCUCACUUCCUCUCUCCCCUUCCUUCCUCUCUCCCCUUCCCUCCUCUCUCCCCUUCCUUCCUCUCCCCCCUUCCUUCCUCUCCUUCCCCGUCCUUCCAUGGGAACCCCAUUAGAAAUGCAGUGGUCGUAGAAAUAAGGAAGGGUAUACAUACCGCCAAAGCACCAGGUUUGAGAGUAGAUGUUCCUGUGGCCAUCCCCCCUCCUCCCUCCCCUCCUCGCCAUGGCCCCACCAGGGACCUCUACGGGAACAACAUCUCAGGGAGCAUUCCUGUUGGCAUCAGCGAGCUACCUAUGUUGGGUGCCCUUUUGGCAAAGAAGCAUUCUCGCCCCUAUCUCACCGUGCAUGCCUUCACAUCUCCUCCACAUCCCCUCCCCUCCACAUCCCCUCCCCUGCACGUCCCCUCCCCUCCACAUCCCCUCCCCUGCACGUCCCCUCCCCUCCACAUCCGCUCCCCUCCACGUCCCCUCCCCUCCACGUCCCCUCCCCUCCACAUCCGCUCCCCUCCACAUCCCCUUGCCUCUGCCUGCCCUCACUGCGUGCAGAGACCUCUCCCACAAUCAGCUCACCUCCAUGCCUUCUACCCUCAAUUGGGGGGGGCAUUUCUUCAAGGUCCCCUUCCUUCUGCCCUCCUUACCACCGAUUUCCUUACUCUCGACGUCAGCGACAACCAGCUCAGUGGCUCCCUCCCUGACUCCAUCACCCGCCUUACAUCGCUGUGGAAACUGGGGCUUGGAGGCAACAAUCUGAGUGGUGUCAUACCUGCUAGCCUGGGCGGACUUACCGAUCUAUCAUACCUGAACGUGUCAGGCACGGGGCUGACCUGCCCUGCAAACGGCAGCAAGUGCCUGGUGAAGCAGAGCAACACCACUGGCUUCUGCCGCCUCUGCUUCUCCUUCUGCUCCUCCUGCACCCCCCUUGCUUUGUCGGCGCCCGCAGAGGAUCCAGCAUGGCCAGCACCGGUGACUGACGCACCAAUGUGGGUCACAAAGGAAACAGCAUGGCCAUCACCGCAGGCACGAUCGGCAUCCGGACCUCGCACGCGCAUUGAUGCUUCCAUUGACCACUCUACUGCUGCUGCUGUUGCCGCCAUCUUGCUCCUGGUGUUCGGGAUGUGA